UUACGAUGAAAUGACGAAGAAGGAACGACAACGAUUGAACGUCGAAUGUUGCGCGACGACGACGGGUUGACGUUUCUGCAAUCAUGACGAGGGUACUACUGGCAGCUCGUGACGGCGACGGCAACACAAGAGUCAGAUGAUGGAGCUGAAAUGAUGACGACGGCAUCGCGGCCACACAGACAGACAGACAGGCAGACAGACAGACAGAUAGAUAGAUAGAUAGAUAGAUAGAUAGAUAGAUAGAUAGAUAGAUAGAUAGAUAGAUAGAUAGAUAGAUAGAUAGAUAGAUAGAUAGAUAGAUAGAUAGAUAGAUAGAUAGAUAGAUGUUCAAAUAAGUUCAAAGUUCAAAUUACGUGCCUCACCUGGCUCCCUCGACAUCACUGUGCCGAGCAUCGUGUCGCAGAAGACAAAGAAGCUGUCAAUUCGAUCGCGCGCGGCCCGUGCCUCCACUCAACGACGGUUUCUCGAAUCAGCUGCCACGUGCUGUGAAGAACAUAGCCGGCGAGUGGUCGCGUUGGGGCGGUAUUUUCGGUCGUCUUCGAAGCGUCGCACUUGGUCUCUGGUGAAGCGGCCACCAUGGCUUGCUACUGCGAGUACGUACUGACGGCCAGCGGGAUCCUGAAGCUGUUCCAGAUGGUCGUUGGCGCUGGCAUCGUGUUCCUGCUGAGCGAAGGCCGCCUGGACGCCAACUGCUACCUGUCCAUGCGCCUGGACGCAUUCAUCCUCUUCAUCGCGUCCAUCGUCUUCUUCUUCAACGCGCUACUCAUACUCAUCUGCGUGCUGGUCGGCGCCCUGGAGAUUCCCGGUUCGACGGUGUACCGGAUGAACUACUUCCUGGCCACCUUCAUCCACGUGCCGACCAGCAUCGCGUACCUGUGCAUCGAGACGCGCACGGGCGUCUACGUCCAGGGCUCCAUCGCCGGCGCGCUGGGCAUCCUCAACAGCCUCAUGUUCCUCGCGAACGCUGUCAUGGCCUACCAUCCGCGCGUCGUCUGAGAAUAAAACGCCCGCCGCGGGCGCAUACUAUCGCCGACCGAGCGUAAAUGAGCCACGUGACUAAUUUGUCAUCUCUGUAUAUAGGCGUAGUAAUAGUAUACCGAUACAUAACUCUGAAUAAACGUUGCGUUCCGCUUCCUUUUAGGUGUCCUUUACUUCACGUGCGGUAAGACUUUCAGGGUGCACCGAAAAGGUGUUGCGAAAGUGCACAAUGCCGUCUUUAGCACGAUAUAUGAUUGUGUCAUUGUUUGGGGACAAGAUAAGUUAAAUUAAGUUCUGGGUCUUUGCGUGCCCAAUAUGAUUAUGAGGCACGCCGUGUGGGGAACUCCGGAAUAAUUUUGAUCACCUAGGGUUCUUUAAUGUGCACUAAAUGCACCGUACAUGGGCGUCUUAUUUUUUUUUUUUUUUUCCAUUUCGCCCUCAUCAAAAUGAGCAGCCGCGGCCGGGAUAUAUGAUCCCGCGACCUCGUGCUUAUCAGCGCAGCGCCAAAGUCACUACGCAACCAUGGCGGGUCAAGAUAAGUUUCAAAAGAGUGCACAUUAUUUCCUGGAGUGCACGUGUUUGAUAGCCACCCCGCAACCGCAAGAACGCAGGCAGUACAUUCGGCCAUUCAGACGAGGACGAGGUAGGUUUUCCUAAUCGUAUCCUUGAUGCAAAGGCUAUGCACAGCUAUAGGAUAAAGCAACCAGUUUAGAGCGCGUCUCUCUUCUGGAGCAGUAAAUUAUACCAAGCACCGAUCAUCGUUGGCGCUGAUGGAUAACGAGAGAGAGAGAGAGAGAAAGAAAAAAAUUAUCCAGAACAGCACGUGGUCGAAGUGAGCGUCCGGAAGUUCAUCCGCCCCGCAGUGGGCAGGUGGUCCUCUCAGUACAGCACAGUAGUCCAGAGACCUUAGCUGUCCUUUUCACUCGGUCGACAAGCUCGAGAUGGCCAAUCGAGUCGGAGAUGGGCACCGCUGCCUUCCAUUUUAUGUCUGGCGGGGUGUGUUAAUUAAUGGCGGCAGAACCUCCGAUCAGCCGGCGAGCACAGACAGACAGACAAAGAACUUUACUAAUGGUCCUGAGGAACAGCGUUAGGGUACCUCCCUUUUCAGGGAGUCGGCGAGCACGGCGCUGCGAUAGCUCUACGUGAGCAAAGCGUCUCGCGCAAGUUCGAGGCCGAGCACGCGCGGCUAGUGCGAUGAAGAAGAAGAAGAGGCACCAUGGCGGUGCACAUCCCUGCGGUGAUGGCCAUGCUGUUGUAUUUCGUCCUCAUCAUGUGCGUGGGCGUGUGGUCGGGCCGCAAGCUGCACAUCUUCAAGGAGGAUGGCCACAUCUCAACGUCGGACCUGCGCCACAGGCGGCCGCAGCAGAACCGCUUCCUGCACCGGAUGUUCCUGGCCGACAGGAACAUGUCGCUGACACUCGGCAUCAGCUCCAUGACAGCCAUAUGGGUCGGAGGCGGCUACCUGAACGGCACUGCCGAGGCUGUCUACACACACGGCAUCCUCUACUGCCACGCUCCGAUCGGUUACGCUAUUAGCCUCAUACUCGGCGGCUUCUUCUUCGCGCAAAAGAUGAGGACGACGAACGCGGUCACGAUGCUGGACCCCUUCCAGGAGCUGUACGGCCGCUGGAUGGGGCUGCUGCUGUGCCUGCCGGCCGUGUGCGGCGAGGUAUUGUGGACGGCCGCCAUGUUGGCCGCGCUGGGUGACACGGCGGACGCCAUGUUGGAAGUGGACUCGCAACUCUUCAUCGUCUUUGCCGCGACGACCAUAUUCUUUUACACCGCGCUGGGAGGCCACUACUCCAUCGCCUACACCGACGUCCUCCAGCUAUGCACCACGGCAGUAUUCAUGUGGGUGUGCGUACCGUACGUCCUGAAAGGCCGCGGCGUGGGAACUGUGACCGGUCCCGAGACCGACUUGCUCGGCCACAUUCCGAUGGCGGACGCCGGCCAGCUGUUCGACGCCUUUCUUAUGACCGCUCUCGGAGGCAUCCCGUGGCAGGUCUAUUUUCAAUGCAUACUGGGCUGCAAGAGCGACUUCGACGCCGUGGCGCUUUCCUAUGUGGCCGCCCUAGGAUGCGUCUUCAUGGCCUUGCCACCGCUGAUCAUCGGAGCAGCAGCUAAGACGACAAACUUCACGGCAGCGGGCUACCCGGGCCCGUGGCAGCUGAGCGACAAGUCCAGCGUGUUGCCGCAGUCGAUCCGCUACCUGACUACGCCCGUGGUCUCCAUCAUGGGCAUGCUGGGCAUCACGGCGGCCGUCAUGUCGUCCGCCGACUCGUCCAUGUUCAGCGCCUCCGCCAUGGUUACCAAGAACGUCUACCACGUGCUCAUACGGCCGGACGCGUCCGACACGGAGGUGGCCUUUAUUCUGCGAAUCGCGGUCUGCUUGAUCGGCGCCUCGGCCACCUACCUGGCGCUGUCGGUGCAUUCGGUGCUCGAACUGUGGACACUGUGCUCGGACGUGGUGUACGUGCUCCUCUUCCCGCAGUUCGUGUGCAUCUUCUACCUCAAGGACACCAACACCUAUGGCUCUAUCAUAGCGACCUGGGUGGGCGGCGGCUACCUGAACGGAACAGCGGAGGCUGUCUACAGGCACGGAAUCCUGCGCUGCCACGCCCCUCUGGGCUACGCGGUCAGCCUGGUUUUAGGCGGCACUUUCUUCUCGAGCAAGAUGCGCGCGACCAAGCCGUUGACCAUGCUGGACCCGUUCCAGAACCGCUACGGCCGGUGGAUGGCGCUACUGCUCUGCUUCCCAGCAGUAGUCGGUGAAGUCUUCUGGACUGCCGCCAUCUUGGCAGCGCUUGGUGACACCGCCGGCGCUAUCAUAGAGGUGGACACACGCUUCUUCAUACUGGCCUCCGCUCUGGUGGUGUUCUUCUACACAUCGCUGGGCGGCGUCUACGUGGUCACACACACCGACGUCUUCCAGAUUGUCAGCAUGUCCGUCUGCCUGUGGAUUUGCGUGCCCUUCUGCUUAAGCAACCACGCCGUCGGACUGAUGGGGCCUCCGCACAAUGACUGGGUCGGCACCAUCGAGUCUAGCGGCGUGAGCCAGCUUUUCGACGCCUUCUUGAUGACCGCGCUCGGAGGUAUUCCGUGGCAGGUGUACUUCCAGCGCGUGCUAAGCUGCGAGAGCGACUUCGGUGCCCGGAUGCUGUCGUACUUGGCCGCCGUGGGUUGCAUCGUGCUGGCGGUCCCGCCUGCAGCGAUCAGCGCAGCGGCCAAAAGCGCGAACUUUACGGCGGCCGGCUAUCCUGGUCCGUACCAUUUGCGCGACAAGGACAUCGUGAGGGUGCUGCCGUAUUCCAUACGCUACCUGACCACCGGCUUGGUCCCUCUGGUGGGCCUGGUCGGCAUCACGGCUGCGAUCAUGUCGUCGGCGGACUCUUCCAUGCUCAGUGCAUCCUCCAUGAUCACCAAGAAUGUCUACCAGUCCAUCGUUCGACCCAUGGCUUCCGACGUCGAGGUGUCCCUGGUGCUGCGAGUCAUGGUGUUCGCCAUCGGGUCCUGGGCCACCUACUUGGCGCUGUCCGUGAAUUCCGUGUUCGAGCUGUGGCUGCUCUGCUCGGACAUAGUCUACGUGCUGCUGUUCCCGCAGCUGAUCUGCGUCCUCUACUUCGAAGAUUGCAACACGUACGGCGCCUUCUUGGCUUUCUUCGUCAGCGUCGUCUUUCGCGGGUUGUGCGGCGAGCCGUCGAUGAACGUGCCGGUGACCAUCAGGCUCCCGAUGUACGACGAGGAGCUGGGCCAGCAGUUUCCCUUCCGGCUCGCCUGCAUGCUGCUCGGCCUGCUCACCCAGCUGCUGGGCUCGUACGGCGCCUUCUUGGCCUUCCGCAGUGGCUGGGUGCCGCAGAGAUUCGACGUCUUCAACUGCUUCGUCUCGCUGCGCCACUCCGAAUCGAGGCAAGCGACCAAGCAGAGCGAGCAGAGCAUCGGUGCGCAGCAGCCCGGCGGCGAAUCGAACAUGAAGAACGAAGUCGAGGAACCGCCGUUAGCCAAGGACGACGACGUAUACAAGCUCUGGAAAGGCAACGUCGUCAACCCUUUCCAGAAGCUGAGGGAUAGCGGCGUCGGCUCAAUUAGGAGCCAGAAGCCCAGCUCCGUCGACGCUUCACCGAAAACCAUGAAAGCGAGCACCGCCGACGCUUCCCUGAAGGCCACUGUCGACAUGCAACCGUCGACGUCCAACGUCGACGGUUCUUCGAAGACCAAAAGGAAAACGAGUAGCAAGCUUGCGAGAAGAGCCGCUACGGCGACGGACGUCGCGAUCCAGCCGGACAACCUCGUAGCUCCCGGCGCGUUUGAGGCGAAGGCGCCGUCAAGAACGGACAGCGCCAAGUCCCCGAGCUCCGCCAAGUCGGACUUGUCGAGCGACUCCAAGGCGUCGGAGAGCAAGCCGGAAGGCAAUCAGGCCACCGAGCCGACCAAGGCGCCCUCCCUCAAAGUGCGCCGUUCCAGGAGCCGGGCCAAAACCGAGGCGGCGACGCCGGCGGCGGCUAGCGUCUCCAAGAGCGACGGCGAGCCGCCCCAAGAAGGGGGAUCGCGAGAAAAGCAACUUUGAGGAGCAUCCCGCAGCCCUCACCAACGAUGCUUGCUCCGAAGCGUCCCGUCUUCUUAUAGGUGGUCGCGCUAUUUUUUUUUUCUUUGGCUUUACGUAUUUUAGUGUAGCUAUAGCGCACAAGGACGAAGUGGCUGCUACGAGGACGGCACGUUAGCCGCAUUCUGCACGACGGCUUUGAGCGGACGAUGCCGGGCUCACAUCUAAGAGGCGGAGUACGUGUACGCGUGGCCAUCGCCAAUAUUUCUCGUUAAAGAAAGAAUGCUUUCUGCUGACCGAUUCGGCGAACAUAUACAUGGAUGUCAAAUAGCGUUUCUGGUUUGUUUGCUUUCACCAGGUCUCUGAACCUUGCCCUAAACGACUUAAAUGUUACUAACUUUUACUCGCGCCUUAAGUUGCUAACAGCUCCGCAUGAAAAAAUGGCAUAUCAAUUUCCAACAGGGUUUCCAGCCAGAUUUUCAGUGUAUUUAGCACUUGCAGUUGAAAAUUUCUAGAGCCAGCUGGAAACAGAAUAGAGCACAUAUUGGUCGGCGCAGAAAGUAAAUUCUGAAGCGGAACUUGUUCUCACCCCUGGAUGUGAUUCGAACUGUACUGCUACUUAAGAUUGUGGAAACACUCCAGCGGAUUCACUGCUGAUUCCAGACGCCAUUUUUUGCUUAGUGUAGCUCAAUUUACAGGUCGUGCAGUGGGUAGGUGAACCUUUUGAGGUGGGAUUCAACAUUCUUCCAGUUGGCAAUGAGUACGUUUACCAGCUGGAAACAAUUACGAUUGCCAGCUGAAAGAUUAUGUCAGAUGGGAAAAUGUUUCAGCUGGCGGAUAUUUCCUGCCUAGUAAUCCUGCAGUGACUGGAAACAUUUCAGCUGGGGCAGCAUAUACGACUGCAUUUAUUGCUGCUGUAAAUGUGAGAAAGGGGGGUGAGAGAGCACUGACACAAUGUUUGGCCUCUCAGUAUUUUUUUGUUCAGCGGAGACAACUUCGUUAAUGUGCCCUGAAGCGAAUAAUAAAAAAGUCAAUUAUUGAAUCUGUUCAAAUAGCUAUCUGAACAUCGCUGUUUAUUAUGCAGGUUAUUUCUGAAACCUAUCUGAGAAGGCUGAACAGAACUGUCUGUCUCAAAGGUAAUGUUGAAACAGGUAGCAUGCAAUAUCCCCUUCAGCCACCGAUUCUAUUCAAUGAAAAAUCGCGAGAAAUACAGAAUGUGGACUCCGUGCGCAAAUUCUCUGCGGGAACGUCAGAUACGAGUACAUCAAAUAUUUAAAGUCUAGCAUACCUAGAAAGCAACAGUACAGCUACUUGAUACUGAUAUCGAGAGUACACACCUGGUUGUCUUCAUUUAAAUUCGAUUUACCAAAAAGAAACCUUACGCAUAUUAUUCGGACUUGCAGUGUAGGUCGAAUGAGAAGUGUUCCAAGAUGUUUGCAGCACAAUUAUUUUCAUCAGGGAUUUUGCGUUUCAUGCACUAUCUUGAUGCGCACGAUCGUGCACACAGGACUGGCUUAAGGGAUACAAACUGGGCUUUUUUUUGUCUCGGCAGCGACAGACACGGCGUAUCCUACAAAAAAUUUAAACCGUAUUUACUCGAAAAUAGGCCAAACAUAAAUAUAGGUCGACCUCUGUAUAUCAACUCGCCGAGAAAUAAAUCUAUAUUCUAAUUAAAUAUGUAUAUAUAGAUUCAUUUCUAAACCCCUGCAUUUUUCGAAAAACGAAAAAA